GCCCAGAGGAACCAGCGACCUUGAGCAGCCCAUUCAGGGCGAAGUCAUGGUGGGCUGCUGAGCGGGAGGUGGGCGCGGGGCGGAGGCGAGAGGAAGCGCGCCCAUGGAGAACCCGGUGGCCCCCUGUGUCCUCUACCCAGGGGACGACCACGGCCGCGGGGCUGAGCCCGGGGACGGCUUUGCGCAUGGAGCGUGCGGCCAGCCCGGGGACCGGAGCGGCGCUGCCGAGGCUCCGGGAGAGGGCAGCCUGCAGCCGCCGGACGCGGCCGGGGGGGAGGGCGCCGCGUCCCCGGCGCAGACACCCUGCAGUCUCAGCGCGUCCCUGUGCUUCAGCUCCGGGGACGAGUCCCCGCCGCAGUCUCGCGCCUCCGCGGCGGAGGGCGCAGCGACCUCCCCGCCCUCGUGUCGCAGCGGCCAGCGGGUGGUGGAGACGCAGUGGGAAGUCGGCAGCGCGGGCGCCGGGUCCCCGGCGGAGCGCGCGUCGCCGGAAGAGCCCGCGUCCCUGGAAGAGCGCAGAUACCCCGAGGAGCCCGCGUCCCCCGAAGACCGCGCAUCCCCGGAAGAGUCCGUGUCCCUGGAGGAGCCCGCGUCCCCCGAGGAGCGCGCGUCCCCGGAAGACCCCGCGCCCCCCGAGGAGCCCGGGGACCCCGCGCCUCUGCCUCCCGGCGUCGGGCCCGAGCACGGGGAGCCCGACCUGGUCAUCGAGGUGUCGGGCCGCCGGCUGCGGGCGCACAAGGCGGUGCUGGCGGCGCGCAGCGACUACUUCCGCGCGCGCGCGUCGCGGGACGUGCUGCGGGUGCAGGGCGUGGGUUGGGCGGCGCUGCGGCUGCUGCUGGCCUACGCGUACAGCGGGCGCAUGGCGGGCGUGCGGCCCGAAAACGUGGCCGAGGUGGUGGCCGGCGCGCGCCGCCUGCAGCUGCCCUGCGCCGCGCAGCGCGCCACCGACGCCGUGGCGCCACAGCUGAGCCUGGCCAACUGCUACGAGGUGCUGAGCGCGGCCAAGCGGCAGCGGCUGGCCGAGCUGCGCGACGCCGCCUACCGCUUCAUGAGCGACCACUACCUGGAGGUGCUGCGCGAGCCCGCCGUCUUCGGGCGCCUGUCGGGCGCCGAGCGCGACCUGCUGCUGCGCCGCCGCCUGCGCGCCGGCCGCGCCCGCCUGCUGGCCGCCGCCCUGGGGCCGGCCGGGGAGCGCGCGGGCAGCCGGCCGCAGAGCCCGUCGGGGGAGGUGGAGGCCCGCGGCGAGGCCGCCGUCUACUGCCUCCACGAGGCGGCCGGCGAGUGGCGCGAGCUGACGCGGCUGCCCGAGGGCGCACCGGCACGGGGCUGCGGCCUGUGUGUCCUCUACAACUACCUCUUCGUGGCCGGAGGCGUGGGGCCCCCGGGGCCCGACGGCCGCGCGCGCCCGUCCGACCAGGUCUUCUGCUACAACCCGGCCACCGACCGCUGGAGCACCGUGCGGCCGCUGCGCCAGGCGCGCUCGCAGCUGCAGCUGCUGGCCCUGGACGGCCACCUGUACGCCGUGGGCGGCGAGUGCCUGCUCAGCGUGGAGCGCUACGACCCGCGCGCCGACCGCUGGGCCGCCGUGGCCCCGCUGCCCCGAGGCGCCUUCGCCGUGGCGCACGAGGCCACCACCUGCAACGGCGAGAUCUACGUGUCCGGGGGCUCGCUCUUCUACCGCCUGCUCAAGUACGACCCGCGGCGCGACGAGUGGCAGGAGUGCCCGUGCAGCAGCAGCCGCGAGCGCUCGGCCGACAUGGUGGCCCUGGACGGCUUCAUCUACCGCUUCGACCUCUGCGGGGCCCGCGGCGACGCGCAGGCGGCGGCCGGGCCCGGAGGGGUCAGCGUGCUCCGCUACCACUGCCUGGCCAAGCAGUGGAGCCGCUGCGCCUCGCACCUGCGGCCCCCGGGCGCGCCGUCCGGCCUGCAGCCCUUCCGCUGCGCCGCCCUGGACGGCACCAUCUACUGCGUGGGCCGCGCCGGCACCUGGCGCUUCGUGCCCCCGCAGGACGGCGAGCCCGGCGCGGACGCGGGCGCCGGCGGCAGCUUCGAGCCCGAGUCCCUGCGAGCCCCUUGGGACGCCCGGGGCGUGCUCUUCCCUUUCGUCCUCAACUUGCCGGAGAAGCCGGACAGAGGCGAGGAGGGUGCCGCGUAGGGCGGGCCCAGGCCACCUGGGCGUCUCCUUGGGCAGCCCUGGGACGAGGAGCUUCCCUU